AACACACCCGUAAUAAAAUAUCAAGAACGAGCAUCGUCGUCAUCCCAUCCCAAGUGGACACCCAUUAGCGGCAGCGGGCGGAAUGAUUGAUUAAUCCAGCCCAGGAAUCAAUCCAUCACAUUUUCGGAGCAACGAUUCUCCUCUGAUACUUUCUCAUUUUCAUCGCGCCUUGAUUUUUGUUCGCUUCGGUGCACUGGCACAUUUCUGCCAUUUUUAGUGGACUUUAAGGAAUCUUCGAUCAUAUUACCUUUCCUUUUCCGGCAAUCAGGACCAUGUUUUCUGUUUUGAGUGCACGUUUGUUGGACCAGUAUAUCUUUGCCGCUAAUAGGAAGCUCAGCGCAGCUUAACAGAGUCCAUUUGUUAAUGGAGAGAGCAAAUAGUGGCGUAGAUGACGAACAUGUGAUAGACAUUACAAGUAGUAGUGAUUCUUCCUCAUCUAGUUCAUCCUAUGACCGGCUGUCUGGAUUCUUGGAAGAUCGGACACCCAGCCGUCCUGUUUAUCAGCCUCAACAAUUUUCAGCCAGUGUGUCCAACCCUAGGAAUGCAUCUCUAUUACGAAGAGGAAACAAUCGAGGCCGACAGAGGAGACUGUUAGACUCUGGCUUAUGGAUAUCUUUCCAGUUAGUGUUGACAGCUAGCCAAAUUUUUGCUGCUGUUGUUGUUUUGUCUUUGUCGGGAAAUGAGAAGCCUCAUGCUCCUUUGAAGGCAUGGAUCGUCGGAUAUUCAUCUGGUUGUUUAGCAUUUCUUCUCGCUUUGUAUUGGCGGUUUAAAUAUCGCGACUAUAGUGCUGAACAGGAUUCGUCGCAGAGCAAUAUCUCCACUGUUCCACUUACCGGAAGAUUCAUAGAUGAGGAAGGUCGAUGGACGACCGGUGCAGCGACUAGAAGCACUCCAAGAAUUAAGGCAUUUGUUGAAAAUUUCAAGAUGGCUUUGGACUGCUUCUUUGCUGUUUGGUUUGUGGUAGGCAAUGUGUGGAUUUUCGGAGGGCACGCGUCGUCGUCCGAAGCUCCAAACAUCUACAGGCUGUGUAUCGUAUUUCUUACCUUAAGCUGCAUUGGAUACGCUUUGCCGUUUAUUCUGUGCGCUGCCGUCUGCUGUUGCUUCCCUUGUAUUAUUUCAGUCAUGGGCUUGCGACAAGAUCUUCCUCAUACUAAAGGAGCUACGCAAAAUUUAAUCAACACGCUCCCAACGUAUAAAUUUAAACUGAAGAAAAAUAAGAACAACAACGACAAGGAGAAAGUCCCGUCUGCAGCGGUCGACGGCGGUAUUGUGGCGUCCGGAACAGACAAGGAACGCGAAGUAUCCGGAGAAGAUGCAGUUUGCUGCAUCUGCUUGACCAAGUACAUGAACAACGACGAGCUGAGAGAGUUGCCGUGCGCGCACUUCUUUCACAAGGACUGCGUCGAUAAAUGGCUGCGGAUGAGCGGGUCGUGCCCGCUUUGCAAAGCCGAGCUCGGCGACGAUACUGUGUUUAGCUCGUUGGCUGAAGCAACUGCUAGCCUUCGGAAUGGCACCCUCUUGUGAAUCUCCAUGGAAGUUCUGUGGUUGUUUGUUUGUAAAUUUGUUUGUGUGACCAAAAGGUGGUUUUGAUGUGUUUGAUUCUUUUAUGUUUGUUAUAUUGUUGUUUGUGUAUGUUUUGCACCUUAUAUUCAAUUCAUGAGUAUAUGUGAUCUGUGUAAUGAUAAUACUUGCCUUAUAUAUAUAAAUAUUUAUAAUUUUUAUAUAUA